AUGGCCCCCAAGAAGGCCAAGAAGGUCGACCUGAGCCCCCGUGCGAAACCAGUUGUGUCGGAGGCUGACCUUCAGCAGGCUAAGACGGCGUUGCAGGACGAAGGAGAGAGAAAGCGGGCGAGGUCAUCGCUCAAGUAUUGGCUCGAGGAGAAGGGGCAGCACAACUCCUUCAAGAGCGUGACGACCGCCGAGAAGAAGGAGUUCUUGGAGGCGCACUGGGCCACCAAACUGAAGGAGAGGGCAGGGAAGUACGCGAGGACCAGCACAAAGGAGCACACCUUCGCCGACAAGGAGGCGCACCUGUUCCAAUGGAUGGGGAAAUUCCAGAUGCAGCAGGUGCUAGGAGAGCAAAAAGCUCAGAAUAAAACCGACAGCGGCAAGCUGAUUACGAGGCCCGACCCCGACACGGGCAAGGAGGACGAGUGGUCGAUCGAGUACAGAGUGUACCAGGACGGCGGAGGCAACGAGGAGCACCGCAUGAGAGGCGAGAAGCCUGAAAACAGCAAGGACGACCUGGACGAGACUGCAGCGAAGGAGGCUGACGACUUCAUGCAGGAAAUGUCCUCACACAUGGGUUCUGGCUCGGGCUCUGCAUCGUCUGGGGAGCCGCUCGUCAACGUGAAGAUCGAGAAGACAGGCGGCGAUGCGCCCGCCGAGCCGCCGAACCCCCACAAAACCACUUUCGAUAAAAUCAAGGCGAACAUCAAGUCCGAGAUCCGUAAGACCAAGACGGGCAAGUACGUGCAGUCCCUCAACGACGACGUGAGCAAAAUGAUCCCGAAGAUGUCCAAAGCCAUCAAGACCAUGGAGAGGGUGUUCUUGCAGAAGGGCGAUGACGACAUCGACGACGCAAUGAUCCUGGCAGUCGCGAAGCAGGUGGAUGAGGCUAGCUUGAACUACGAUGCCGUCAUCGAUUGGGCCAGGCGCCUCAUCACCGACAAGAAGAGGAAGAAGUGA